AAGGAUAUUAGCUAAAGCGUGUCAAACACACUGAAGAGAUAAAUAUGUCAGACAGAAAUCCAGGGAUUGAGUUUGAUGCUAGUUGGUUGGAGCAUGUUUAUGUAAAUUUGCCAGCUGUAAAGAGAAGAGCAGAAACGCUUGGAACGAGAAGAUGUGUGAAAAAACAGUGGCAGUCAGCUUGGUUACUGAGAGCAGUGACAUGUAUAGAUUUAACAACUUUAUCAGGUGACGACACAGCAAGUAAUGUGUCCCGACUUUGUUUUAAAGCCAAAAAUCCUGUGCGAGAUGACUUGAUUAAAGGUCUACAGAUGGAAGAUGCAGGUAUUACUGUAGGAGCAGUUUGUGUUUACCCAAGCAGAGUAGCAGAUGCUGUUAAAGCAUUAAAGGCAGCCAAUGCUUCUCAUAUACCUGUUGCUUCUGUGGCAACAGGGUUCCCUACAGGACAGACUCCACUAAAGACCAGACUAGAGGAGAUAAGAAUGGCAGUGGCAGAUGGGGCUAGAGAAAUAGACAUUGUCAUAAACAGGGAAUAUGCUUUAACUGGAAAUUGGAGAGGAGUAUAUGAAGAAGUAAAAGCAAUGAGAGAAGCCUGUGGAGAUGCCCACCUCAAAACAAUCUUAGCAACAGGGGAACUGGGUAACAUGGUCAAUGUUUAUAAAGCCAGUCUGGUUUGCAUGAUGGCAGGUGCUGAUUUUAUCAAGACAUCUACUGGUAAAGAAGGAGUGAAUGCUAUCUUCCCUGUGGCAUUGGUAAUGGUGAGGGCUAUCAGAGAAUAUUACCAGAAGACUGGUUACAAGGUUGGAUUUAAGCCAGCUGGUGGAAUAAGGAGUGCUAAAGAUUCAUGCACAUGGUUGAUCUUGAUGAAGGAAGAGCUUGGUGAUGAAUGGUUGAAUGGCCAGCUGUUUAGACUCGGUGCUAGCUCUCUGCUUAUUGACAUAGAAAGACAACUGUUUCAUCAAGUCUAUGGUCGUUAUGCGGCUACUCAUGAGAUACCUAUGUCAUAAUACUUAAAGUACCUCAAAAUAAAUAAUUACCUAACCUUGUUCCCUUAAAAAAUCCUUAGAAUCUGAAAAAAAAAAAAUGUAAGGCCAUGUAAAGUAUAAAAAGGUCACCCUUUCUGUCAAGAGAAAAAUUUACCUUGUAAGACUGGUGACCUUUGAAUUGAAGUUCAAAAUAAGAGGGCGACCUGACAAUACAGGUUUUUGCUUAAUAGAGGUGACCUUUAUAGCAGGUUUCACUGUAUAUCAUAUUUCAAAGGAGAAUGAUUAAAUGUAUUAAAGAAAUUAUAAAAGAAAAGUUUUAGUGUUGAAUUUGUGUACUACACUUUUUGAAAUGCAUGCAAAUUCAGUUAACUAGUUUGGACAUUUCUUAAUGAUUGAAAAGCUAAAUAUGCAAUACUGAUUGAUUUUUAAAGAACUAAAUAUUAGAAAAACAUAAUAUCUUUUUCAUCAGGGUUUGGUCUAUAGUUAAGUAACUUUGCUUGACAAACCAGAAAAUUAAGAGUAUAUGUUUGUAUAUCUGACAUGUUAUUUUGCCGUUUGAGGUCUUUGGCCUUGACCUCAGUUUCAACAUUCUUUGGCAUUGAAAUUGCAGAAUUUAAGGCAUUUUAGUCAACUGUUUUUACUUUUUAUAAAUUUCAUUUCAUACAAUUAAUAAAUUACAGAAAGUUUUCUGUCCUACUUUAAGAAAAAUGAUGAUAUGCUUUCCAUGCACAAAACACAUGUUUCUGCAUUUAGGUCUGACAAACGUUUAAAUCUACUGGCAGCUUUAAAUUGUUGUGACAAGUAUUACUGUUUAGAGAACUGUUAUUAUUGUUACAUUUUAUUAUGAUGAUAGAAUAAAAUGAAAAUUUAUAGCGUAUAUUUGUAAAUAGCUAUUAAAGUGGUAAUAUGUUAUACCCAUGUACAAUG